CGGAAGACGCCGUGUGUGGACGGAAUUCGGGACCGACUGGUGGACGCCGGGCUCCCCGGGGCGGGCAGGCUAAAUUGAUUACCCAUCAAGCAAACAUCUUUUAGAGAAACCAUAGAAUUUCCUAGAGGAAUAUGAACAUAACAGGAAGGUGUUACUGACCCUGAAUUAAACUUUUAACCUGUACCCUGAACAGCUACAAGAUUUGGAAGCUGAAUCAAUGUUAUCAGAUGAGUUAGAAUCCAAACCAGAGCUCCUGGUACAAUUUGUUCAGAAUACAUCUAUCCCACUGGGACAAGGACUUGUAGAAUCCGAAGCUAAAGACAUUACUUGCUUGUCCCUCCUUCCAGUGACUGAGGCCUCAGAAUGCAGUCGGCUAAUGUUACCAGAUGAUACUCCAAAUCACACUAACUCUUCCAAGGAGGUCCCUUCCUCGGCUGUAUUGAGAAGCCUGCAGGUGAAUGUGGGCCCAGAUGGAGAGGAGACAAGGGCUCAGACUGUACAGAAGUCCCCGGAGUUUCUGUCCACUCCAGAGUCUCCUAGUUUGUUGCAAGAUCUACAGCCAAGUGAUAGCACUUCUUUUAUUCUUCUUAAUCUAACAAGAGCAGGUCUGGGCUCUUCAGCUGAGCACUUAGUAUUUGUACAAGAUGAAGCAGAGGAUUCAGGGAAUGACUUCCUUUCCAGUGAGAACACUGACAGCAGCAUUCCGUGGUUCCUCCGGGUUCAGGAAUUGGCCCAUGACAGUUUGAUUGCUGCUACUCGUGCACAACUAGCAAAGAAUGCAAAAACCAGCAGCAAUGCUCAAGUGGAGAAGAAGCUCAAAUGCACAGUUGAAGGCUGUGAUAGGACAUUUGUAUAUCCAGCUCACUUCAAGUACCACCUCAAAACUCAUCGAAAUGACCGCUCCUUUAUCUGCCCUGCAGAAGGUUGUGGGAAAAGCUUCUAUGUGUUGCAGAGGCUGAAGGUUCAUAUGAGGACCCACAAUGGGGAGAAGCCCUUUAUGUGCCCAGAGUCUAGCUGUGGCAAGCAGUUCACUACAGCUGGAAACCUAAAGAACCACCUGCGCAUCCACACAGGAGAGAAGCCUUUCCUUUGUGAAGCCCAAGGAUGUGGUCGUUCCUUUGCUGAGUAUUCUAGCCUCCGAAAACAUUUGGUGGUUCACUCAGGAGAGAAGCCUCAUCAGUGUCAAGUCUGUGGGAAGACCUUCUCUCAGAGUGGGAGUAGAAAUGUGCACAUGAGAAAGCAUCACUUACAGAUGGGUGCAGCUGGGAAUCAAGAGCAGGAGCAAACUGCUGAGCCACUAAUGGGCAGUAGUUUGCUUGAAGAGGCUCCAGUAACCAGUAAAAACCUGGUGUCUAUGAAUUCCCAGCCCAGCCUUGGUGGAGAGUCCUUGAACCUACCAAAUACCAAUUCUAUCCUAGGAGUUGACGAUGAGGUGCUUGCUGAAGGAUCCCCACGUCCCCUGUCUUCAGUGCCUGAUGUGACACAUCACUUGGUGACCAUGCAGUCAGGGAGGCAGUCAUAUGAGGUUUCUGUCUUAACUGCCGUAAAUCCGCAGGAGUUACUAAACCAAGGAGAUUUAACUGAAAGUCGUACAUGAGUGUGGGUGCUAACUCCUGGAAGAGCAGCUCUUUCUGAUCCCAGAAUGCUUGUGGUGGAAAAGGAUGCAUCUUGCUCACCAUCUGCCUGAACCAAAAUGAAUCUGGAAGGACAAGUCCCACUUUUGCCUCUGUUCAUCUAACCUGAUAUUAGAAGAUGAAUGUAGGAGAGCUUCUCUUCAAACUACCAUCGGAUCCAGACGAGGAAAGCAGUGAAUGUGGGCUGGGUGACUGUACCUACCUCUCUUCCCACUGCAAAAUUUUGGGAUGGACUUCUCCCAAAAGUGAAUGUGAUGAUGAGUUGGCUGAAGUUUCUCAGUAUGACUGUUGAGAGGAAGUUUUCCUUUGAAGAAUUUCAUUCCAGACUCAGCUGUUUUUUCAUAUGGGUGAAUUAAAUCCUGCCACCAACCAUGAAACUUCAUCAAGAAGUUGAGCUUUCAAGAUGCCUUGUUGCUUUGGAGAAGGGAGUGAUAAUCAGUUUUGUUGUGACAUUCUCCCUUUAGCAACCUGAGUAAGAGUCUCUGCCACUGGGCUGCAAAAAAAUAAAUUACUUGAAUCCCUACCUAACCGAGGCUGAGGUACUAUCUUGUCCUAUAUAUACACCUCUAGUUGGUCACUUUGCUUUCUUUGUUUAUGAACAUAUGGUAGCAUGUGAAAAGGGUCGUUUUUUUUUUUU